AUGGCUCACUGGGGUAUUCAUCCACAGACACUUGACGGGCUCCAACUUCCUCCUUUUGAUGCUAACAAAUAUGGGAACCCUAUGGCUCGCAAAACAAAUUCAUCGAAACGGCAAUCGCCUUCACCAGGAAAUUUUGGCAAGUUUUCACAGCCAAGGAGCAGUACCCGCAAGGAUCAUCUAGCACAAAGCUGGGGUUUCGAGCAAACUCCCGACCAAGCCAGCCGCAAAUUAGCAAGCAAUUCGAAUGCUGGCGAUGUGACAGCUAAGGCCACUGAUGCCCAAAACAACAAGCCGGAUUCCUCAACUGUUCAAAGCACUCCGAAGUCGAACUCGAAGAUGCAGAUUCCUGGAUUUGACGCAGAAGCAUAUGGCCAUCUUGGUAGCCGCGGAACACGUACACCAAAUGCAACCUCAGUUAUCUCUCAUAAUUCUCUACGAGAUCAAACUUCCUCUUCUCAGCUUCGGAAAAGCAAGGUGUCACAAGCCGACGAGGGCGGUUCUGAAGUCGCGUCCACAGUUCCUUGGGGCUUGGGUCUGGCACAAUCUGAUAUGGAAGGACAAUUAGAGCUGCAGACCCUUGCUAAAGUUCCGAUCACUCCCAACGUCUUCCACUCUCAGCUACAGUCCACAAACAACACUAGAAUCCCAGAUGCUGGGAGCAAGCCUCAGCGUGCUCAGGACCCGCAGAAACCAGUCGUCUACGAGACAUUGAAAAAGCCUGGGGAGUCCCCGAUGGAAACUAUGCGUCGUCUUCAGGUAGCGAAGCAACGAGAAAUCAUGAACAACAUUCACAAAUCUUCCGACAAACGUGGGCAGCACACUGCAAACUUAGCUGAGUUGAGAAACCUUCGACGACCCAUCUCACCUGAGGCUUCCGAUUCACCAUCUACAAGAUCUCAGCCUGCCUCAAAUGCACUUCAAGUCCCCCCAACAAUUUCAACGCCCAGCUUCAAACAACUCAGCAUUGAUUCUCCAACCCCAAUCGCUGGGAAGGCCCCAGGGGCCGUUCCGUCAGUCCUCUCAAACAUGAAUCCUAAUGUGAGCAGACGCCCAUCUCCUCUCAACCAGUAUCAAGACUCAUCCAGCGACAUCAACAUGAAAUCUACGAUCAAUGUGCAGAGUCAUCAACCACGACAGUCUCGCUUUCAGCCUGAUCAGGUUGCUCCUCGGAAUAACUGGGCUACAUCGGCGGAGCUCAAAGCUCCUGGCUGGAUUGUCGACAGCAAUGCGGCCGGAUCAACGGCGAGCGAAGGCUCCAUGUGCCACAUGGGAAUUGAUUCCGACCUGGGACGACUAAUUCGGCCAAAGAACCCAGAUGCCCACGAAGCCUCUCUCAUAGGAUGGGACGGCAAAUUCGUUCCGCCACCGGUUGACUGGGAGCAGCGUCCUCGCUUUGGUAAUGACCAGGAGCAUUUCAAAGCUGACUUCCGCAACUGGCUUGGGCAAACUGUACAGCACACCCUGGGUGUCGAAGCUGUACCUAAGCUGAGCUUCGAACGUGCGCCAUCGGAAGUUGUCUCGGACAUCAACUUGCAUCCAGAUGGACUAGGAUUUGUGCAGAGACAUGCCACGAUCAAUGCGGGCAACGCAGAGCACUACGGCUACGAUUUCUCAGCCGACAAUUUCCCAAAGACUGGAGGUGAGCCCGCUGAUUUCGACGCGGACUGGCGAGUCGAUAGUUCGCUCAUAGAAAACGUGAAGUACAGAGACGAGACCACGAACGACCUAAUUGCGAAGAAGAUGCAGCUUGUCGAGCGUGAUACAAGACGCUACGAAGCACAGGUCGAGGAGCGCAAGGCAUCUCAAGAGGGAGCAGCAGCCAUCAUCGCUUCAGAGAAACCAGCUGACAUCCCCCGUCCAAAGGUCAACCUAUAUCUUCGUCCUGCCUUGGACGUCGAUAUCCCCGGCAUGACCGAAAUCCUCAACUGGUACAUCAGAAAUGGCGUCCGCACCUCAGAACUGUUGCCUAUUUCCGACCAAGACAUGCGUUCGCGACUGAACAUGGUGAAGCAAUCCAAGCUCCCGUUCAUUGUGGCGAUCGAGCGCACCCGCAAGAAAGCGCGCCAAAAGACAGCUCGACAAUCAGACAACCCAGAUGCAGGCUACCAUGGCAUCGUCAAAGACGAGCAUGUCAUCGGUUGGGUUUCCGCAACCGACUGGUCGGCCGUUGACUACGUGGAGUGUAUCUCCGCCGACUUGGAGCUCUACGUCGCACACGACUACCGUCAGAAGGGCAUCGGGCGCUGCCUCAUGGAGGCAUUGCUCGACGCCACUGACCGCGGCUACAUGAAGAAGGGCAAGUGUGAGUUCACCGUCGCGCCGGAAAUGCGGCACAUGUUCUCUAGCGGAGGCAUGCGGGACUUGCACAAGAUCAUCUUUCAAGUUCGCUCUUACAAUUCUCCUCUUCCCCGCGAGAUGCAAAUCAAGCAUGCCGCAUAUGUUGGCAGGUACGACAACAUGGUCAACGGCGGUGGCGGUUGGGACGGCCGCGGCAACACCACCAAACCCAAACUCAUGCGAGCCGACGGCAAGAACCACGAGACACCGGACGAUCUCGAAGACGACUACGCCGUCUGGUUGAAGAAGUGGCUGGAGAGCUUCGGCUUCGAGGAGGAAGGCCGUCUCAGGAAGAUCGGCACCAAGAACCGCCGAUUCCUCGACUUGGUGUACCUUACGCGCGAGACCCACUGGCAGCCAGACGAGAAGAAGCUGCCUGACUAUUCCCAGCAUCCAAUCUGA